ACAACAUUAGCGAUGUCAGGUGUCGAGGAAAUUACAAAUGAAUCUGUAGAAGUGAACGAAUGUAAAGAGUGUGAUGUUGAGGAUGACGACAACCUCGGGGAUGAGUACUUCCCCGACCCGACUCGAUAUAUAUUCUACAGAGACAGAAAGGAGUGGGCUGAUCUGGAGCCCGUUCCUCAGGACGAUGGCCCAAAUCCUGUCGUGAAGAUCGCCUACUCUGACAUGUUCUCGGACGUGUACGACUAUUUCCGAGCACUCCUGAAGAACGAUGAAAGGAGCGAUCGGGCCUUCGCCUUGACAGCAAAGGCCAUUGAGCUAAAUGCUGCUAAUUACACCGUUUGGCACUACAGGCGAGUAUUGCUGCAAGCGCUGUCAAAGGACCUGCGGGAGGAGCUGAGGUACAUCACCGCCAUCAUCGAGGAGCAGCCCAAAAACUAUCAAGUCUGGCAUCACAGGCGUAUGGUGGUCGAGUGGUUGAAUGACCCUUCGGAGGAACUGGAGUUCAUUGCCGACAUUCUCAGCCAAGAUGCAAAGAACUACCACGCCUGGCAGCAGAGACAGUGGGUCAUCCAGGAGUACAAACUGUGGGACAACGAGCUGGAGUUCGUGGAGAGGCUUCUGGAAGAAGACGUGAGGAAUAACUCUGCAUGGAACCAGAGGCAUUUUGUAGUUUCCCACAUUACGGGCUUCUCCGAUCCGGCCGUGGUGGAGAGAGAGAUUCAGUAUUGUGUGAUCCAAAUCAAGAAGGCUCCCCACAACGAGAGCGUAUGGAACUACUUGAAGGGGAUGCUUCAAGACCAAGGUCUGUCGUCUCCGCCCGGCCUGCUGGAGAGGAUCCUCGAGCUGAAGGAGACGCACUGCUCCUCUUAUCUCCUCGCCUUUCUGUUCGACUGCUACGAGGACGUCUUGGAGAACGGCGACAGAAAGGAGAACAUGUCUGAGGCGGACCGGAGUGAAACGCUCGGGAAGGCUCUAGAAAUUUGCCAACUCUUGGCUCAGGAGAAGGACACCAUCCGUAAGGAGUACUGGCGCUUUUUAGGACGAUCUCUGAAGAACAAAUGCAGCGGCCCCUCUGAGCCCCCGGCGGAUGACCCGGAACCAUCGGACCCAGCAACCGGGCCGCGGGAGACGAGUUAGACCACCGAGAGGCUCGCGCCAGUUCCACUCCGAGCCUGUGCGGAAAUUUAGGAAAUUAUGGAAAAAUGCUAUUCUGAGAGAGCUUGUGAUCAGGAGGUCGCCCCUCAGGGGAUUCAGGUGACAUGAACUACGAAGGAAGGGGCGUGGGAAAUAUGUGACACUUUUUUUUUUUUCCAUGAAGAAGAACGAGGAAUUUAAAAUAAUUUAGUGAGUUUAUCUUCGUCGUUGCAUGAAUGAAAGUGUCUGUUCUCACAUGGUUUGAGUCUGAAUACAUCUGUCUAUACAUCAUCAGAGUUAAAUUUCAUGUCUGAUUGAUGGUAGAUACACGUUUUAUGUUUGUAUCUGUUUUAGAGGAGGAGUUUUAUGACAUCAUGUUGGAUUUGGUUGUAACUCAUCCGUUUUCCAUUCAGAUAUUUUUGAAUGGACGCUCUUUGGUGACCUCACUCCAAAUCUGGCUCAACGGGUCACAGUGUGCAUGUAAAGCCACACGGCGGUGAAUCAUGGCGCCCGUUUGGUGGUUGCAGGUUAUAACGUAUGCAUCGUACAUGUGUGAGGAAGCAUCCAAAUAAAACUUUCUGGUAACACUAGGAGUGGCUCAUGAAACUAUUCAUCGGUGGUAAUAAAGCAGAUGAGAAAUGAGCCGCGUGCCGAUCAAUGAGUCGCACAAUCACAGCGUCUCUAAAUCUACAUGAGUCGCUCUAAGUGAGACACUUUCCUGCUGUCGGAAUACCGGCGAGGCCGAGCGCGCACACACACACACACACACACGACGCUCUCAGCCUCACGUCCUGGACUCCCUUGGAGCUCAGAAAAUAGAUUUACUCCACUAGAUGCAGCUGUUUCUACUUCGGCCGACACUACAACACAAUCCACCCCUCCAGUAAUUACAGCUUCUCUUUAUGCUCGACAUUGAGAGUCGGACUGCUUUGCUUUUCUCCUGCUUUCCCCUCAUCCUCAGUGCGGAGGACGCUGACGAGGCCAAAAGGGAAACGAGAGGAUGAGUUCAGUCCGAGAUGCUGCAGUGUGUCUCGAACUAUGUAAAUGAGUGCGAAUCAGAGACUGUUGGAGAGGAGAUGGAAUAAAAAAUCGGGUUGCCAUGAGAAUAUGAGUGAUGGCCACACUUUCAACUUAUUAAACAAAGCAGAUCAGGUA